AACGAACAGAGCAAAAAUCAGGAAGAAGAGAUAAAGAAGAGAGGAGAGAAGAGAAAGAGGGUUUUGUGGCUUGGACUAGAAAAUAUACAAACAUACCAUAUAUAUACAUACAUAUAUAUAAUAUAUAUAUAUAACCUAGUGGACUCAGACGAUUCUUUAGCCCUUGAACCUUCUUCCUCAGAAUCUGAGACUGCGACCUUAGGCUCAUCAUCUUUUUCUUCUUCUUAUUUCUCUGUACGAGGGGAUUCGUCAUUGGGAGCUUCUUAAGCUUGGUGGUUCUUCCGGAUCUUGCAUUUUGAUGAUCUUGUCCUGCUCAUCUCUCGUAAUGGCCCAUUCAAUGUAGCUUUAAGCUGUAUUCACUUUCACCAUCGGCAUUAUUACUGUCUCGUUACCGUUAAUUAGUAGGAAUCAUUGGGAAAAACUUCAAGUUGGGUUUAUUCUGUUUAAUGAUUUUUUGGGAAUUGGAUUUAUUACUAAUUCGAUCACCAGUGGCAUCGGAGUUUGGUGUCUCCUCGGGAGGGAAAAGUUCUUCUCCGCCGCCACCUCUGUCCCUGGCCGUGAAACCCUUCCUUGUCUUCUUUUCGCUUGAUGUCUCGUGAGUUGGACAGCCCUGUUCAGACUCAGAUGGCAGUAGCACUUUUUAAGAGCCCGCUUAGCACGGAGUAUCAUCAUGGGAGCCAGAGAAUCGAAGGAAAGCAGCCUGCUGGGAGGAGACGGGUUUUCGUCCAAACUGAAUCUGGGUGUGUCUUGGGGAUGGAAUUGGAUCGUUGUGACAAUGCUCAUACCGUUAAGAGGAGACUGCAGAUUGCUCUUAGUGUCCCUACUGAAGAGAGUUCGCUGACGUUUGGGGAUAUGGUGUUAAAUAACGAUCUUAGUGCCAUUCGAAAUGACUCCCCUCUUCUUCUUACUCGGAACCUUUUGCAUAGAAGCUCAUCCACUCCAUGUCUCUCACCUACGGGCAAGGAUCUACAGCAUAGAGAUAAGAGUGGUCCCAUUGAGAUAUUGGGGAAAUCAGAAGACAGAACUAAAGUAUUGGUCAAGGAUAUUGUGAAGGCUAUUAAGAUGGGGGUUGAUCCAAUUCCUGUCCAUAGCGGCUUGGGAGGUGCCUAUUAUUUCAGAAACUGCAAGGGCGAGAGUGUUGCUAUUGUGAAACCAACAGAUGAAGAACCUUUUGCACCAAAUAACCCGAAAGGAUUUGUUGGCAAAGCUCUUGGGCAACCUGGUCUGAAACUCUCUGUUCGGGUUGGAGAGACAGGGUUUAGAGAAGUUGCGGCUUACCUUCUUGAUAAGGGCCACUUUGCAAAUGUGCCUCCCACUGCAUUGGUGAAGAUCACUCAUUCAAUCUUUAAUGUAAAUGAUGGGGUAAAUGGGAACAAGUCUAACAAGAAGAAGCUGGUGAGCAAGAUUGCAUCUUUUCAACAGUUCAUAGAGCAUGAUUUCGAUGCCAGUGAUCAUGGGACUUCAAGUUUUCCAGUUGGUGCUGUGCAUCGUAUAGGGAUCUUAGACAUUAGGAUUCUAAACACUGACAGGCAUGCAGGGAAUCUUUUAGUUAGAAAACUUGAUGGUGUAGGACGAUUUGGUCAGGUGGAUCUCAUUCCUAUCGAUCAUGGUCUUUGCCUUCCUGAAACCUUGGAGGAUCCAUAUUUUGAGUGGAUUCAUUGGCCUCAGGCCUCAAUUCCAUUCACCGAUGAUGAACUUGAGUACAUAGAAAAACUUGAACCGCAGAAGGAUUGUGACAUGCUGAGGAGGGAGCUUCCCAUGAUUCGAGAAGCUUGUUUGAGGGUGUUGGUCCUUUGCACCAUUUUCCUCAAGGAAGCUGCUGCUUAUGGUCUCUGUCUUGCUGAGAUUGGUGAGAUGAUGAGUCGUGAGUUUCGGAGUGGUGAGGAGGAACCCAGUGAGCUUGAGGUCAUCUGUAUGGAGGCAAGGAGGAUAAUAGCAGAGAGGAUUAUAAUAGAAGAGGUUUUAUCCCCAAAGGCUGAUGUAAGGGAUGAGGAUUUCCAGUUUCCCAUAGACUACGGGGAAUGGGAUUUAGAUGCAAUGCCAAAAAUAAUUCCAGAUGAAUAUAUGAUCAAAUCACCUUUUCAAUUUGGAAAUGGAAGCGGGCAUGGACGAUCUCCACUCUUUAAACUGGAAGAAAGCAUAGAGGAGGAGGAGGAGGAGGAGGAGGAGAAAAGUGAUGACGAAGAUAAAAAUCUGUUUGCAAAUUUUCCACAUCUCGAGAAGAUCCCAAAUAUUUCUAACCUUUCAAUGUCGCUUAAGAGCACUAGUUUAAGCGAGAAAAACCAAAAAUACCCAAAAUAUGCGGGAUCAAAACCUGAAAAAGGAUACGUGUUGAAUACAUCAUCUGGUCACAGAAGUGCAAAUGAGCAGCUUCCAGCAAGCAUGAGCUUUGUGAAGUUAGCAGACAUGAGUGAUGAGAACUGGACGCUUUUCCUUGAGAAGUUUCAAGAUUUGCUGUACCCAGCAUUUGCAAAACGCAAGUUUGUGACCCUUGGCCAGAGGCAGAGACAGAGGCUUGGUACUUCGUGCCAGUUUUGAGUUUGAGGCACUACUAGUGUGUGGUAUAAUAGAAACUACUAAAGAUGCUGAAUAAGAUCUGUAGAUUUCUGGGAGUCGAGUAUUGGUAUAAAGUGUAGGUUUGGUUUAUGAGUGUUCUCCCUGGAAGUAGUGGGGGUUCGACAGCAGGAGGAUGUGUAAAUAUUCUUGGCAUCAGCUGAGCGAUGAGCUUAGUAGAUUUGAUGUAUUUCUUGGUUUACUUUUUGUUUUGUAUUUUUUCUUUCUUCGUUUUUAUCUUUCACCACUUGUGGAGUUGUUCGAUAAAUAAUUUGUAGAAUGAGAUUUGGAGAAAAAAAAAAUGAAAAUAUGUACAGUGAACUCUGUUAUUUUUCUUUCUUAUAUCCAUUUACGACUUGGCUUUUA